AUGGGAAGGCCCGACGUUGAUUACUCACUCUAUUUGGUCACAGACUCGACCCCGGCUAUCCUCGGCGACCAGCAGCUCAAUGCCGUGGUCGAGGAGUCGCUCAAGGGGGGGGUCACCCUGGUCCAGCUCCGUGAGAAGACGGGCGACACGGGUCACUUGGUCACCAUCGCACGGGAACUCCACAAAAUCACUAAAACAUACAAUGUGCCGUUGAUUAUCAAUGACCGCGUCGAUGUGGCCCUGGCCGUGGGCUGCGAAGGCGUCCAUAUUGGCCAGGACGAUAUGGAACUGUCGACGGCAAGGAAGCUUCUAGGCCCGAAUGCCAUCAUUGGCGUGACCGUCAGCACCGUGGAUGAGGCACUCAAAGCUUGUGAGGGCGGUGCCGACUACCUGGGCAUCGGCACUGUCUAUGCCACGCCAACGAAGACGAACACCAAAGACAUCAUCGGCACAGCAGGGGUUCGCGGAAUCCUCGAGGAAAUUGCAGAAGCAGGCUAUGACACGCGGACCGUCUGCAUUGGCGGCAUCAACGAGUCCAAUGUGCAGCGCAUCGUCUUUCAAUGCGCAGCCGAAAAGAAGAGAUUGGACGGUGUCGCAACCGUCAGCGCUAUCAUGGCUGCGCACGACAUUCAAGGCGCCGCCAGGAACCUCCUCGGCCUGGUCAAGAGUCCACCGGCUUUCGAGGUCGACCUUAACAAGCAGUCAGGCAACGUUAGUGCCCAAGACAUGGUUGAAAUGGCACCGUCGGUCAUCCGGCAUGUCCAUGAGACCACGCCUCUCUCGCACAACAUGACGAACCUUGUUGUGCAAAACAUUGCCGCAAACGUCGCCCUGGCCAUCGGCGCAUCACCCAUCAUGGCCGGAUACGGCGAAGAAGCUUCCGAUCUGUGCAAACUUGGGGGUUCGCUGGUCAUCAACAUGGGCUCGGUAGACCCGGCGGGACUGGCAAAUUAUGUGAAGGCGCUCAAGGCCUACAACCUCGCGGGGCGACCGGUCAUUUAUGACCCAGUAGGUGCCGGCGCCACCUCUCUUCGACGCGCAGCCGUCAAGACCAUCAUGUCCAAUGGUUAUUUGGACGUCAUCAAGGGGAAUGAAGGCGAGAUCAAGACGGUUUUUGGCGGCAGCACCGAGCAACAGCGGGGCGUCGACAGCUCCAGCACGCUCGACGCCUCACAGAAGGCCAAGCUGGUGCGGGAGCUGGCGGCGCGCGAGAAGUGCGUGGUUGUCAUGACGGGCAAGACGGACUUUGUCAGCGACGGUCUCCGGACCUUCGCCAUCGACAACGGGCACGAGUAUCUGGGCCUGGUCACGGGGACCGGCUGCACGCUUGGGACAACCAUCUCGGCGGCAAUAGCAUCGCGCCAGACGGACAGGCUAGCGGCCGUCAUUGCAGCCAUCCUGCACUUUGAGAUCGCGGCCGAGCUCGCUGCCACCCGGCCCGAGGUUAGAGGUCCGGGCACCUUUGUUCCAGCCUUCCUGGACGAGCUCUACCGCAUCCGGCUGGCCACGGCGGCGAGCGGCGACCUAUCUUGGCUGGCGAGGGCGAAGGUCAGUAGCGUUGAGUAG